UAUUCAAUUUUAGCCUAAAAAAUACCAACUUCCGUUUACGCCUCUAUAUAUUAAAGAAAAAAGGCUUGUGUAUUAACAUAUAAUACCAUAUUUUUAUACCAUUAAGAAUUAUAGAUAUAUGAGUUGCAUAGUCAGAAUUAUUAUUAUUUUUGUUUGUCUGAUUGGCAAGAACAUACAGUCACAAUGAUUCUAUAUUUAGCACAAGGAAUAAAGGAAGGAAAAGAAGUAGGGAAGAAGGGUAUCUUUGAAUAAUAUUAAAAAAAGAAAAACACCUGAGUGGCCGAAAAUGAUGGAUGGUCUCUAAUACUACUACUUGGAAAAUUCUAAUACAGAAAGAGAGAGAGAUUUGUGAAGGCGGAUGGGCCGUUUGAAAGAAUCAAAAACAGUUACCCAAGGAAUAAAAAAGAAAAAAGGAAAACAGCUCUCUGUGGACACCAAAUUUAGGAUUAGAUACAGCCAAGGAAAAGGGAGGGUCUCUCUUCUUUUUGGUGCCAAACUUAAACCAAAAGAAAAAGAAUCUAGAAACAAAUAAUUGAAGCACAAAUAGCGGGAAAUUCCUUCUUCUCUUUCUCUCUCUCUAUAGUCCUCUUGGGAGAGAAGAGGAGAUUGUAAAAGACGUAAGGUGUUUCGUUUUCUUUUUUUCUGUGGGACGGGGGUUGGGAAAAAGGUAGAGAACAAACAUUAAAGACAUAAGUUAGAUAGAUACAAUAGACACAAAUAUAUUGAUCAAAUAUUAAGAGAAUGUGGAUGACAAGGAGCCAAAUAGAUAAAAGUAGCAGCCAAGGAUCAGGAAAUGGAUUGGUGGCGGUAGCAAUAGACAAGGACAAAAGCAGCCAAAGCGCAUUGAAAUGGGCUAUAGAUCAUAUUCUCCACAAAGGACAGACAGUUCUUCUCAUCCAUGUCAAACUCAAGUCCAUAUCUAUGAGUUCGGCGUAUUCCCUUUCUACCCCAAGGAUGAACCAAAUUGCUGAUGCCAACGGAGAAAGUAUGUUGGUGUGCAGAGAUCCUGAUUCUCUUACCAAGGAGUUGUUCCUUCCUUUUCGAUGCUUUUGCACUCGUAAAGAUAUUCAAUGCAAGGAUGUGGUGCUGGAAGAAACAGAUAUUGCUAAAGCUUUAGUUGAAUAUGCUACUCGCACAGCUAUUGAGACAUUAGUCGUUGGCGCCUCCAACAAAUCAGGAUUAUUCAGAUUCAAAGCCACAGACACACCUGGCAGCGUUCUAAAGGGUGCUCCUGAUUUUUGUACUGUCUAUGUGAUAUCAAAAGGGAAAAUUCAAUCCACAAGAUCAGCCUCCCGUCCUCCACCAUCUCUCUCUCCAAUGCACACCCAACUUGUUAAUCAAAACGGUGUAAAACCACUUCCACCUCCAACUGAGAUACUUCUUCCUCAAAUUCAAAAUCCAAAUCCAACUACAGCUUUUAGAAGAGUUGUUGAAAAGCCACCACUUGAACAACCACGAAGAUCAAAUGAAGAGUCAGAGUCGUUUAGGUCCCCCUUCACUAGAAGGGGGCUGAAUGGGAAAUCAUAUGGGGAACUCUCUAUCCCGGAUACAGACAUAUCCUUUGUUAGUUCUGGCAGACCCAGCAUUGAUCGCAUGUUUCCAGCCUUCUAUGAUGUCUUAGAAAUGGGUGCCCGUAACCAACGCCUCUCAAACGUCUCUGACAUUGACAGUAUCCAAAGCUUUGAGUCGAUGCAGUUUGGUAGGAGAUCAAUUGACAUAAACAUUGGCUCUCCACCUGAAUUUUCCUCAAUGUCAUAUGACAGUGACAGGCUCUCCACUGCAUCGCAGCCAAUGGAUGAUGUGGAAGCUGAAAUGAGGAGGCUAAAGCUUGAGCUCAAGCAAACCAUGGAAAUGUACAGUACAGCCUGCAAGGAAGCUCUCACUGCAAAAGAAAAGACAAGAGAGCUCCAGCUCUGGAAAUUGGAAGAAGAGCAGAGAUUGGAAGAGGCACGAUUAGCUGAGGAAACUGCAUUGGCAAUUGCAGAAAAGGAGAAGGCCAAGUCCAAAGCAGCAAUUGAGGCUGCUGAGGCAGCUCAGAGAAUUGCAGAACUCGAAGCACAAAAAAGAGUGAGCGCAGAAAUGAAAGCACUUAGAGAAUCACAAGAGAAGAAAAAGGCACUUGAUGCUCUGGCACACUCAGAUAUCCGAUACAGGAAGUACAGUAUAGAGGAGAUUGAAGCUGCAACAGAAUUCUUUUCAGAAUCUCGCAAAAUUGGGGAGGGUGGUUACGGGCCUGUAUACAAGUGUUAUCUAGACCAUACAUCAGUGGCAAUAAAGGUUUUACGUCCGGAUGCAGCUCAAGGAAGGUCACAGUUUCAGCAAGAGGUUGAGGUGCUAAGUUGCAUAAGACACCCUAACAUGGUUCUUCUCCUGGGAGCUUGUCCAGAAUAUGGAUGCCUAGUAUAUGAGUACAUGGCAAAUGGAAGCUUAGAUGAUCGUCUAUUUCGAAGAGGAAAUACUCCGCCCCUCUCCUGGCAGCUAAGGUUUCGAAUUGCAGCAGAAAUAGGAACAUCUUUGUUGUUCUUGCACCAAACAAAACCAGAGCCGCUGGUGCACCGUGAUCUAAAGCCAGCUAACAUCUUGCUAGAUCGCAACUAUGUAAGCAAGAUCAGUGACGUUGGGUUGGCAAGGCUAGUCCCACCAUCGGUUGCUGACAACGUUACACAAUAUAGAAUGACAUCGACAGCAGGGACAUUCUGCUACAUAGAUCCAGAGUAUCAGCAAACAGGAAUGCUGGGUAUUAAGUCAGACAUAUACUCACUUGGAAUAAUGUUUCUACAGAUAUUAACAGCAAAACCGCCAAUGGGUUUAACUCACCAUGUUGAACGAUCCCUUGAAAAAGAUACUUUUGAGGAGAUGUUGGAUCCAGCAGUCCCUGAUUGGCCAGUUGAAGAGGCCAAGUGCUUUGCAAGGCUUGCGCUCAAGUGCUCUGAGCUGAGGCGGAAAGACAGGCCGGAUCUUGGGAAUGUUGUCUUGCCAGAAUUAAACAGAUUGAGAUCACUUGCCGAAGAAAAUAUGCAUCUGGCAUUGCCCAUCCCGAGUCCUAACCACUCGCCCAGGCCCAGCCAAGUCUCUGUACAGCUAACUGAUUCAAACAUAUCUUAUGUAAGCUCAAGAAGAUCUUCACGCAUUCUGGAAUCGCAGUCAUGAGUUCAAAAUCAAAUGUAUGCAAAAGCUUUCUUAUUUCCAGCAUGAAGAGAGAAUCUUCCCUCGUCAUGGACUUGGAUUGUUUUUGUUUUUUUUUUCUUCUUAUCAACUUGUCUAUGUUAUGAAUUAGCCAAAACCCCUUUUUGAUUUGCCAAUUUCUUCUCGUCUUCACCAACACAGAAGAUAAGGAUACAGAGAAUUUGUAAAUUCACAAAAAAAGUAAAGAAAAGAAAUUUCUUA